GGGAGGGCCUCAUUUUCAGAGCCGUACGUCCGUGUUCUUCACUCACAAGCUGACAUAAAACAGGAGAACAACAGACUUAGCCAUGGCCAUGCCGUCCACGGAGAAAACAAAUGCACCAGUCUGCAGGUUAAGACAAUGUGUAUUACUACAGGCUUGUUUUCUUUGGACAUCAUUCUGUUUGGCUCUAUGGGUACUGAAUGGUGGGAUCCACAUAAAGCAAUUCCAGGCCCCCAGACCGAAACCAGUUCCUCGAAAUAACAAUUCAUCCGCAAUAUCCGCAUCUGACAUGGGAAUCAGUGAUGAGGAGUGGGAAAGACUACAGAAGAUUAUUGAGUGGCCUGUUCCAGAUCAAGAAAUCACUCAUCUGAAUCAGAGCACAAGUCCAGUCCACUCGUCUUUCUCUAACAAUCCAUCCACAAUAUCUGCAUCUGACAUGGGAAUCAGUGAUGAGGAGUGGAAAAGACUACAGAAGGAUAUUGAGUGGCCUGGUCCAGAUCAAGAAAUCACUCAUCUGGAUCAGAGCACAAGUCCAGUCCACUCGUCUUUCUCUAUUGUGGGACUCAAAGAGAGUUACAAAGUGGGAGAAAAGAUCUCUGUUGCUAUCACAGCCAGAGACCACAACAAGAACCUGAAGCGAUAUGGAGGAGAUUUUUUCAAAGCAAAACUUUUCAAUUCAGAGCUAAAGGCGAGUAUGUACGGGGAGGUUGUGGAUCAUCGUAAUGGGACUUACUCUGUUGAUUUCCUUCUGCCCUGGGAAGGUCAGGCACAAAUUUUUGUACGUCUUGAGCACUCCAGUGAGGCUGUGCAGAUUAUUAAAAAAUACAGGGACUCUUCAUUCCCACGCACCCACUUUAAAGGCUACUUUAGAUCAGGAAAAUCCAGGACCCGUGAAGUAGUAGAGUGUAAUCUUAAGUGGGGUGAAGAUGGAAGUUGGAAGAAAGGCAGAUGUUGCUGUGAGUAUAAGGAUGUAAGAACAGGGACGGUGUGGCAGUGUCAGAGACCGAAGAAACUUUCCUGUGACAAACUGGUUUAUCACUCAGGUGGACGUAUGGAAAACCCAUUAAAUCGUUUUCAGCAGCUGUUUUUUUCAAACAAAGUCACAAGCGUUGCCAUUAGAGGAGACACAAACAUCACAAAUAUCCUUCCCAACACUGCAGCCAUUGGCACAGUGGAGAAAUGCAGGUCUGGCCUGACAACACCGGUUCCAGCAGGAUUUUAUUUGAAAGAUGUCUGGAAGUCUUUUGUAUGCAACACUCGACAGUUCAGUCCUGCACAAAUGGGAAACUGUCUUAAAAACAAGAUUGUCUACUUGAUGGGAGACUCCACCACAAGGCAGUGGUUUGAGUACUUUGAAAAAAUAGUGCCAGGCAUAAAAACAAUGGACCUCCACACUCAUCCUGGAGGAGGCCCCCUGAUGGCUGUGCAGUUGGAAAAUAACACCAUUAUUCACUGGAGGGUACAUGGUGUUCCUUUGCGAUUUUCUAGAGUUAUGCCUAUUAUUGACCUGCAUUACAUCAGCAAUGAUAUUGAUGAAAUAGCCGGUGGGCCUCAUGCAGUCGUUGUCUUCACAUAUUGUGCUCACCUGGUUUUUCACCCGAUAACAUUUUACGUGUUUGAAGUGGCCAAAAUCCGCCAGUCUGUUCUUGCACUGCUGAGUCGUGCUCCAUAUACCACCGUCAUCAUCAAGUCUGGAAACACUACAGGACGAAAGAGUUUUUUUCAAAGUGAUUGGCACAUGUUGCAGUUGGACACAGUGAUGCGGAAGAUGUUCAGUGGUAUUGAUGGAGUCAUCUAUAUAGAUGUCUGGCAGAUGACUUCCUGUCACUAUCUACCUGAAAACAUUCACCCAGGACCUGUUAUCAUUGCUAAUGAAAUCGACAUGGUGCUCUCAUAUGUCUGUCCUAACUGAGGCCUGUUCCAAAAAAGUCGAUUUGGUUCCAAACAGCAAAUGGGAAACUAACCUGCUCAGGGGAAAGAUAACUCUGACUCACUGGCAUGCUACAAUAUUAUUUGACUUUAUUAACCACUAUCAGUACAGAAAUUAAAGUAAAGGUACAGUAACUUAGUAAAGUAACUAAAACAAUCAGCGAAUCCCUUUUUAGCGCUGUGCUCCUUGUCUUCUGUCCAGAGAUUUUCUUACUAUAGGGAGAAGAGUGGGUCUGUAUUACUUAUUAUUGGAAAAAAGUAUAACGGCUAAAUGGAUCACGUGUCCCUCAAUAACCAAUCACAUUACAGCCUUGGCAUCAUUGAAUUUCAGUAAGAGUUGUGCGACACUCAAACGCUGUUUACAGAUACCAUAGCCUGCGUCCCAAUGUGCAUGUUUUCCAUCAUAAAUUCUAUGUAAUAGUAGUAAUUUUCAAUACUAUUUAAUUCAAUACAUUGGGAUGCAGGGAUAGCUGCGUCUCAUUUCAGAGGCUGCAUCCUCCGGAGGUCGCAUUUGAAGGCUGCACACGUCAUUAAGGAUGUCUUACUGAAGAAAAGUAACCAUGAUAAAAUUGACCGUUAUUCCUUACGAGGUGUAAAAUGCUAUAAUUUCGUUUUUACUUUGCAAUUUAAUGGUUACUUUUCUUAAAUGAGACCUCCCCGAUGACGUGUGCAGCCUUCAAAUGUGACCUCCGGAGGAUGCAGCCUUCAUAGGAAGACGCAGCUCAUAGGAAUGAAUGACAAGUGUCGUAAAUUGAAUCCCACCUAUCCCAAAAAUCUGUGAUUUAUCUAAUAAAACUGAUUUUUUUUCAUUGUAAACUCUAAAAAUAGUUCAAUCCAAAAGUGUUGUUUAGUGUAAAAUAUGCUGAAGAUUAGCAGAUAGGCUGUCGAUUCAGUAAAUGAUAAGCUGUCUCCUCUAAAAAGCUGUUUAUUUAGCGUAGUGAAGCCUCUCUUCCAUUAACAUCCAUUGCCAGACCGAAAGCGUUAGCUUUAGUCGUUACGCUUUUCCGACAAAUGGUUUCAGGCUUGCCAUCUAGUGGCUUUGUUCUGUCUUCCUUUGUACUGUAUUUCUGCAGUGUGAAUGUAAGGUUGUAUGUGUUCAUGAAUGUUUAAAAACGCACCAACAAAUGAUUUUAAGAGCAAUGGCUUCAGAAGACUUUAAAUAUUACUCGCUAAUUGUACCGUUUUAUAUGGCAUUAUCAUUUUUGGAGAUUUAAAAUCACAUUUAAGAUAGAAAAUCGUCCUGACAUGGUCACCAGCAGGUGGUGCAAAGAUCAUGCAAAGUGCUGCAUUUCAUCACUGGGACAGACACAAAAUGUAUGCCGUUUUCAUACAAAAUUAAUCAGUAUAAAGAACUGUAGGUCAUCAGUUUUGAUUGUGUACCUCUAAACCUGUUGCUCUUUAUUAUUAAUUAUUCUUUCAUUCUGAAGUACUGAAUGAAUGACAGAAAACUGUAAACUGCUGUAUUAUACAGCUUUAUUUUCUGCCCUGAAAACAUGAACAAUGUGACGAAAGGCCGAAACACCUUAACAUCUAAUCUCGUCAUGAUCUCCCAGGUUACUCAUGAUGUGGUCACAGUGUGAGGGUCACAGUGAGCUAAAAGUGUAACCUCACAGCACCCUCAGUGUGUGCUCAUACUAUGGUGACAAUGUGAGGUCAAAGUGCACUCACUGCACAGAGAUUAGGUACCCAGCAUGAAGCCUUUGAAUGUCACCAGAUUAAGUUUACUUUGACUGAGUUUACAGCCAUUCAAGUUCAUUGUGUUCAAGUUAGUCAGAAUUUGAAGAAUCCUCUCUUUGUAACAAACAAAAGACACCAUGUAAAUAAAAGAUUCACUGUUAGCGUAGAAAGCUUCACUGAUUGUAAUGUAACUUUGUAAGAUCAUGAUGAACUGAAGUGAGUGACAGAUUUUAGUGAUUAUAAAGUAUUUUUCACACUACCCAGAUAAUAUAUAAUUCUUUCAAAAUAUAUAUAUAUAUAUAUAUAUAUAUAUAUAUAUAUAUAUAUAAGCCUCUAAAUCCAUCUGACGUAUUUCUUUAAAGUGAGAAUUUCUUUCUGGCUACUUUGUAUAGGUUUCUAUGUUUCUAUUUUCUAUGUUCUGAUACUUCUGAUUGGGCUGAGGGUGAAAUUUGAGUUUGAAGUAAAAGUAUUUGAUGGACGUAAACUAUGUGUCAGGAGCAUUCACUCAGUAUCAUUAUCUCAUUUUUGACGGGGAAGGCUUUCAGCUGGUUUUGCAUCUGAACUCUUCAUAUAUACUGCUGAGAAGACAGCAGCCCCACCCUGUACACUGUAAAAAAACAUUUUGUUGAGUCAACUUAAAAUAAUUUGUAACCUGGCUGCCUUUUACACAUUUUAAGGCAGCUGGGUUACUUACCCAUCUGUUAAGUUUAGCAAACACAAAUGUCUAAGUUGUUACUUAGUACAACUUAACAUUUCAAGUUGACUAAACUUAUUUUAGUUGACUGAACUUAAAAUUUUAAGGCAGCAGAGUAACAAAUUAUUUUAAGGUGACUCAACAAAUUGUGUUUUUUUAUUUUUUACAGUGUACAUAGAGCAAAGUUUUGGUUAUUUUUAUUUUAUUUAUUUUUUUUUUAAUUGCAAUGAGAGACAUUGCUAUAGCAAUGGAUGGGUAUAUUACUGCGUGUAUAUAUAUAAACCCUGAUCACCUAAUGCGCAGCACAGAUUCACACAUACGCACUGAAGGCUUUCACAGACACAUACUGUAUAAGCAUAUGCACUUGCUGUAUGUAUUCACAUGUUCUAAAAAAAAAAGCACGUAAUUACAUUGAGGUUUCACAGACUUACAGCAGUCACCACACGUGGUAUUACAGAAACACUUUUAUUUUAGAGAGAAAAUAAAAGAUGUUGGGUUGGAACCAGUCACCAGCAGGUGGUGCAAAGAAUGCUUAAGUAUAAAAUGUUCAGUUUAUGUAAUGUAAUUUAUGGUCA